CCCACAUCCUCCUCCCAUCUACAUCAUACACAUCGCAUACGCAUAAUGAGCAACUCCUCCUUCCUGGACAAGGCAAUCGCCAUUGUCCAGAAGGCCAUCGAGGAAGAUGUCAAGCAGAACUAUGCCGAGGCAUACAAGCAGUACCAGGAUGCCCUUGACUACUUCAUGAUGGUGAGCUACACGACGUGGGACGGAAAGCUGACUCCCCAGGCGAUGAAGUACGAGAAGAACGACAAACUCCGAGAACUCAUCCGCAAAAAGUUCACCGAGUACCUCGACCGCGCUGAGAAGCUCAAGGAGCACAUCGCCAAGGGCGAGGAGAAACGAACGAGGGCCAAGGUCGGCGCCGCGGGCGGCGGAGGAUCCGAGUCUGGUAGCCCAAGUGUUGGCAAGGACGAGGACGACCCGGAAAUCAAGAAGCUGCGCGGCGCGCUCCAGGGCGCCAUCGUCUCCGAGUCGCCCAACGUCCAGUGGGACGACGUCGCUGGUCUCGCGCAGGCUAAAGAGGCGCUCAAGGAGGCCGUCAUCCUGCCCAUCAAGUUCCCCCAGCUCUUCACCGGCAAGCGUACCCCAUGGCGUGGUAUCCUCCUCUACGGACCCCCAGGUACCGGUAAGAGUUUCCUCGCCAAGGCCGUCGCGACCGAGGCCAAGAGCACCUUCUUCAGUGUCUCGAGUUCCGACCUGGUCAGCAAGUGGAUGGGCGAGUCGGAACGACUUGUUAAGCAGCUGUUCACCAUGGCGCGCGAGUCCAAGCCCGCUAUCAUCUUCAUCGACGAGAUCGACUCGUUGACCGGUACCCGUGGCGAGGGCGAGUCUGAGGCAUCACGCCGUAUCAAGACCGAGUUCCUCGUGCAGAUCAACGGUGUUGGCAACGACGACACUGGUGUCCUUGUUCUUGGCGCUACCAACAUCCCCUGGCAGCUGGAUCCCGCUAUCAAGCGACGAUUCGAGAAGCGCAUCUACAUCCCUCUCCCCGAGCUCGAGGCACGUCGCCGCAUGUUCGAGCUCAACGUCGGCGACACGCCGCACGGCCUCACCCCUGCCGACUUCCGCCAUCUCGCCGAGCAGACAGAAGGCUACUCGGGUUCCGACAUUGCCGUCAUUGUGCGCGACGCGCUCAUGCAGCCAGUGCGCAAGGUGCUCGGUGCGACGCACUUCCGCGAGAUCCAGGUCGACGGCCCUGACGGCGAGAAGCUCAAGAAGCUCACGCCGUGCUCGCCUGGCGCCGCUGGCGCGAUUGAGAAGUCGUGGACCGACGUUGAGAGCUCGGAGCUGCAGGAGCCCCUCCUGAGCGUGGCCGACUUUGAGAAGGCUAUUGCAGUCAACCGCCCGACUGUCAGUGCCGCCGAUAUCCAGAAGCACAUCGACUUUACCAACGAGAGCGGCGAGACGGCGUAGGCGUGGUGCUUAUUACAGCUAGCAGCGUGGAGGGACGAUGACUAGGCCGCCUGGGAUACCCUGUUGUGAU